CUCCCCUCCUCCCCGCUUCUGUGCCCUUGCUCGUCAGGCACCGCCUGGCUGUUCGUUUGUUUGUGCGUUUGUUGGUGGGGGUUUGCCCGUGCUGUCGAACUCUUCGUAGCAUUCGAAGCGGCGAGAAGUAAAGGGGACGGACGAAUACGGACCAUCAUCGUCUGCUGCCCCGCCUGACGAGAAUGCAUCGACGCCGCAGCUCGUUGUUGACCUUGCCGCCCCCGAAGCCAUCCCCGACCCCUCGCUGUGCUGCCCCGCCGCACCGGCCGCUGCUCUUCCGGCCGCCCGUGUUGUCGCCGCCGCCGCCGCCGCCGCCGCCGCCGCCACCCAGCAGUCGGGGCUUACCGCCGACGCACGGCCGCGCAUUGUGAGGCCGGUUCCCCGCCCUCGGCCGGGAUGAUCAUGUCCGUCAGCGGCAGCGGCAGCGGCAACAGCAUCGGCAGCAUCUUUCUGGCUUGGGCGGCUCUCAGCGGUACCCUCGCUGCGGCGGCAGCCGGGUCUUCCUCGUCUGCCUUCACGUCCACCUCCUCGGCGCCGCCGCCGGCCCUCACCGUCAGCUUCCUCUCGCCCGAGAUCGGCGGCGCGUCGCGCUUCUACCCGUUCCACGACCUGGAGCUCCUCGCCAGCGGGGAGGACACGACGCUGUCCAAGGCGCGGCUUAUCCAGACGGGGCUCGACGGCGACCAAAACGUGCUGCUCUUCCCGACGGGCUGCCAGGUGGACGUCGACGACCCGGGCAACGACGCCGUCGACUGCACGCGCGCGUGCCGCAACGCCUCGUCCCUCUUCAGCUCGCUCGAUACCUUUUACAACUGUGCCGCCCUCGCAAGCGUCGCCUACUGGAGCCGGUCAGGCAACGGCAGCAGCAGCAGCGGCAGCAGCAGCAGCGCCGGCGGCGGCGGCAAUGGCGACCACCACCGCGCCCGCUUCUACAUCCCCGCGCAGGCCGAGCGCAACGCCAGCGUCCUCAUGGGCCCCGGGGGCUCGCUCGCCGCCUUUGACGAGCGGCCGGUGCUCUCGGCCUUUGUCACCUGCGCCCAGGCCGCGUGCGGCGAGGACGGCAUCCGCACGCCCUGCAACGACUCGAUCAAGGCCCUGACGCAGCAGUCGCCUCCGGGCGACGUCUUUGACGCCAUCAACACCUUUUGCCCGGACAUUGCCGCCGAGAUCAACCCGGACAUUUUUGGGCCCGGUGUCCUCAUCUCGUACGUCCUGCAGGUCUGCUUCUCCAGCCUCCUGUACCUCGCGACCCGGUUCUUCACCAUGUACGUCUCCUUUUCGGAGCGCGGCCGGCUCAAGGAGGAGGAGCAGCGGCGGCAGCUCGAGGACGACCAACGGCAACGGCAAGAACAGCAGCAGCAGCAGCAGUCGCAGAAGCAGCAGCAGGGCCAAAGCCAGAGCCUAGCGGCGGCGGGCCCGACUUCGUCGUCGUCGCUGCGGCUCCAGAGGCGGCUCACGCGCAUCGAGAGGGUCAUCUGGCGCGACUCGUCGGCGCUGUCGCGGACCAGCAUCGCCAUCGCGACGACGCUCGUCGAGUUCCAGGAGGCGCAGUGCUGGUUCGUCUUCGCCAUCCAGAUCGCGUCCAUCCUGGCCAUUGUCGUCAACUCGCAGGAGGGCACUUUUUGGGGCGAGAUCAUGGUCAACGCCGCCGUUGCCUUCCACGUCAGCCAGAACGGCGUCCUGCCCAUGUUCCUCGUGCAGAUCUGCCUGCACCACGAGGGCGUCCGCAACUGGCACACCUUUCUCGGCUUCGUCGUCGAGUACCUGCUCGCCAUCGUCGCCACCACCCAAAAGGUCUACUUCCGCGACGCCUUCGCCCUCUUCCGCAGCGAGUCCCGCAUCGACGCCUGCGGCGGGAACCCCAGCCCCCGCAGCUACUGCGCCGCCAUGCACGGCGUCGACGGCAUCAACCUCGGCUUCUUCCCGCGCCCGCGCCUCUACAAGAUGGUCUUCCUCGUCCUCGACACCUUUGCCAUGGUCGUCCUCGUCGUCGACCAGAUGAGCUGGACCCUGCGCACCCACCGCUGGACAAGCCACCUCCGCAUCGGCCGCUACCGCGUCGGCCGCGGGCCCGCCGGCCGCUACAAGGUCGCCUGGCUACGAGCCAAGCGCUGGGUCUGGCUCCUCCUCGAGCUGGCCUACCUCAUCAUCAACAUCCUCUACAUGAUCUCCCUCAUCAAGGUGUUCAACACGGACAGCUUCGAGGCGAGCAAGUGGUCCUAUGGCCAGAUUAUCGCCAUGACGGUCUGGGGGCCCGUCAUCGUAAAGCUCUUUGACCUGGUUGUGUCCGGCCCGCCCAAGAACGGCACGAGCCUCAACUCGGGCCCCCCGCGCCUGCGCAUCGACAACGUCAUCAACCGCCGCCUCGGCACGUCGGCCGACGAGGAGCUCGAGGCGACCGGCUACGUGCCAGGUCUCGGCAGAAAGAUCCCUGGGCCGCCGCCCGAGCUGGACCUCAGCCAGGCCCGCAGCCGCACGCGAGACACGGGGGAUAUGACCGACGACGGGCUAAGCACGGGGGUCAAGAGCGUGUAGACCGGCGGGCAAACGGACGGGACGGCAGCAAACAUUCUUGGAUCACGACACUCAUGAUGUUAUGUCUUACGAAACGAUGAAACGAAUGACUGCACAUGUAGAUGCAUAUAGAUGGAAAUGCGCAAGUUGAAUCUACAAGGGGCAUUUGCUUAUGCUGGAAACAAGG